AUGUCGUACCACAUCUCCGCGCCGGACGAGUACCUCGCCAUCACCGGCAUGGGCAUCCGGACCGUGCGCAUCACAAAGGCCGCCUGGGUCUGGCCGCUACAGCGAUGCAUGCGCUUCUCCGUGCAGCCGCGGGACUAUCCCCUAGACCUGCAGGCCAUGACCCACGAGAAGCUCAACUUCAACCUCCCAACCGUCUUCACCAUCGGACCGGACGUCAACCAGCGCGGUGGCAGCGGCGCCGAGUCCAAAGGCGGCGCCGUCGACAAGGGCGAUGCCCUCUUGAAAUACGCCAUGCUCCUCGCCGACUCCAAGGCGUCCAAGUCGUCCCGCGCCCGGGCGGACGGCCCCGGCCAGGGCGAGCAGCAGGAGCACGUCGACUCCAUUGUCAAGGGCAUCAUCGAGGGCGAGACGCGCGUCCUCGUCUCGAGCAUGACCAUGGAGGAGAUCUUUACCGAGCGCGAGGAGUUCAAGAAGAAGAUCUACAAGAACAUCCAAGAGGAGCUCAAGCAGUUUGGUCUCAAAAUCUACAACGCCAACGUCAAGGAGCUCCGCGACACUCCCGGCUCCGUCUACUUUGAGAGCCUCUCCCGCAAGGCCCACGAGGGCGCCAUCAACCAGGCCAGGGUCGACGCGGCCGACGCCCAGCGCCUGGGCACCGUCGGCGAGGCCCAGCGCCUGGGCGAGCAGGAGCGGGAGCUCGCCAAGAUCAGCGCCAGCACCGCUGUCCAGAGGACAGAGCGCGACGCCGAGCGCGCAAGGGCCGAGGCUCAGCUCCAGACCCAGAAGGCCUCCCUCGACAGGGAGGUCAACAUUGCCCACGCCGAGGCCACGCGCGCCCUCGAGGUCAGGGACGAGGAGCUGCGCAGGACUGUAGAGCAGCACCGCGCCGCCGCCGAGACGGAGCGUCUGCGCGCCAGCACCGUCGUCAAGGCCACCAUUGAGAGGGAGUCGGCUCAGCAGCAGGCCGACGCGGAUGCCUACCAGAUCGAGGCCGCCGCCCGGGCCGACGCCGUCAAGACCGAGGAGAAUGCAAAGGCUGAGGCCGCCGCCGGCCAACGCCAGGCAGACGCGGAAGCAUACACCAUCCAGAAACGCGCCGAGGCGCACGCCAUGGCCGAGACACGCGCAGCCGACGCAGACGCCUACGUCAAGACCAAGGACGCAGAGGCCCAAAAGGUCGUCUCCGACGCCGAGGCCUACGCCACCAUCAAGAAGGCAGAGGGACUCACCGCCAUGGCCGGUGCGUACAGAGAGCUGGCAGGCGCCUUUGGUGGACCCGACGGCCUCAUCAAGUACCUCAUGAUCGACCGCGGCACCUACGUCGAGCUCGCCAACGCCAACAGCACCGCCGUCCAGGGCAUGCAGCCCAAGAUCAGCGUGUGGAACACGGGCGACGGCGGCCACCCUGGCGCAGGUGGUGGUGGUGACCCUGCUGACGCGACGAGGCGCGUGUACCAAAUGCUUCCUCCCCUGAUGGAAACCAUCCACGACCAGACGGGCAUCACCCUGCCAGAGUGGCAGUUUGGCAAGAUGGCAGCCCAGACGGACGCCAUUGGCAAGGAGCGCAAGACGAACGGAGAGAGGUGA